AUGACUAACGCCGAGGAGGAAUACGCCAAGUUGGUUAGAGAACAUUGGUCUUAUCAAUUGGUGCGCGAGUUAGCGGACGAACAGUUACAUUUAAAUAGUACGCGUAAAUCUAUCGCAAUCCGAGAUCUACAUCCGAAGGCGCGCAAUCAUUUUAUGGUGCUACCGAGAAAAGCUAUAGAUACUCUGCAUGAGUUGACCAUCGAAGAUGUUGAGCUGCUGGUGGACAUGUAUCAGCUGGGGAUACGCGUUAUUAAAGACAUGGGACUAGAUGAGGCGCAGUUCAAUUUUGGAUACCAUCUGAAACCGCACAUGAAGCGUUUGCAUUUGCAUGUAAUUUCAAACGAUUUUGAUUCACCAAGCUUGAAAAGAAGACAUCAUUGGACAAUUUUCAAUUCCGAAAUAUUCCGGUCGCAUGAAGCGGUAUUGAAGGAGCUGAAGCAAUACGGAAAAAUCUAUGAACGGUCGGAUGCGCACAUUCAAUCGUUACGCGAAGGCCCUCUAAAGUGUAACAUUUGUACAUUUCAGACGGAUCAUCUUUACGAAAUGAAGAAACACAUCACCCUCCAUGUAAAUAAAUAG